CUAUAGUAUACUCGUACUAUACUACACUCUCAUCUCCCCCUGCUCGUUGUCAUGCUCUCCCAUUCCAUGGCUCCAUCCAUUUCGAUUCCCAAACAGCCGCAGCUAGAGCUAGAGCUGAGCUAAGCUAGCUAUUUCACGUGUCCAUCGAGCCAAAGCCAACCUGUUGCUACAAGGUGAGCUGCUGCCGCCUACAACAACCGCGCGCUAUCCAAUGGAGGAAACCUAGCUUCUUCUUGAUCCACAGUUUGUUUUGUGCGUGCAAAAGGUGUCUCGUUGAGAGGUGAGAUCCUGCGGAGGCAUGGCACUGGAGGCCGUGCUGCUCUCGCGUGGUGAUCUGUUUGGUCGUCGUCGUUGCGCCAUGGAAGGAGGAGGAGGUGGUUGGAGCAGCCCGUUCAGUGGCUUCGAGGGAGUGAUGGAUUUGGACGGCGGCAACUGGGACGCCGCCGCGUGCUCAUCGAUGCUUCUGCAUGGCUUCCAGGAGCUAGAGAUCCCUGCGGCCGCCGCUGCUGCUGCUGCCAUGGCGCCGCCGCCGCCGCCGGUAGAGCCUGCUAAUUGCGCGGAGAAUGCAGGAGGGGUUGGUGGUCAUCAGGAGGAUCAGGCUGCGGUGGCGGCAGCGGCGACGGCGGUGCAGUCGGGGAGGAGGAAGCGGCGGCGGGCGAGGGCGGCGAAGAACAAGGAGGAGGUGGAGAGCCAGCGGAUGACCCACAUUGCCGUCGAGCGCAACCGCCGGAAGCAGAUGAACGAGUACCUCGCCGUGCUCCGCUCCCUCAUGCCGCCGUCCUACGCGCAAAGGGGUGAUCAGGCGUCCAUCGUCGGCGGCGCAAUCAACUUCGUCAAGGAGCUGGAGCAGCUGCUCCAGUCGCUGGAGGCGCGGAAGAGUUCCCGGCAAUGCGCGGCCCACGACGCGGCGGCAGCGGCGGCGCCGUUCGCCAGCUUCUUCACCUUCCCGCAGUACUCGAUGAGCGCCGCCGCCGCCGCGGCGCCGGUGGCUCCCGUUGUGAACGAGUUGCACGGCCGUGACGACGGCGGAGCAGGCACCGCCGAGGCCGAGGCGUCAGGGUCGAAGCCGUCGGCGGUGGCCGACGUCGAGGUGACCAUGGUGGAGAGCCACGCCAACCUGCGGGUGCUGUCACGGCGGCGGCCGAGGCAGCUGCUCCGGCUGGUGGUGGCGCUGCAGGGCCACCGGCUCACCGUGCUCCACCUCAACAUGACCAGCGCCGGCCACAUGGUUCUCUACUCGUUCAGCCUCAAGGUGGAGGAUGAUUGCCAGCUUACGUCUGUGGAUGAGAUUGCAACCGCCGCUCAUCAGAUCAUUGAGAAGAUUCAAGAAGAGCAGGGCUGUAGUUUAGAUUAGCAAUUAGCAUACCAACCAACUACGUUUACUAGCAUGUAUGAAUGAUGAUGAUUAGUUGUUCUAGCAAGUGAAGCCACUUCCUUGUGCAAACUAAUAUUAUUGUGCCUUUAUGUACUUAGCAGUUUCAUUAAUCAUUAGUGUUGAAUCAUUUCAUAAUAAUGGACUGAUUUGUUCA